AUGUCGCCUCGUCGGGUCUCCGAAGAGCCACCAGCCAGCUCCUCAGAUGAGUCUGACAUUGAGAUUGAGAGCAAAAUUACACAGAGUAGAUACUCUCAUCGACGACAGCUUCAAGAAGCACACUUUCAAUCUCUACUAGCGGAACACGCAAAUCGAAACCAUAGCGUCACUAAGACGUCUGAGAGACACGAAGGCCCAGACAGCCCACAAGAGCAUCCUAAUAUCGCCCAGCUACUCAAACAACAAGAGAUUGGUCGCGGGCAUCUCAAUCCUCGUGAAUACCAAAUCGAGCUAUUCAGGCGAGCAAAGGCCGAGAACACAAUCGCGGUCCUAGACACAGGAUCGGGAAAAACCCUGAUUGCAGUUCUUCUGCUGAAGCAUAUCCUACAGCAAGAGCUGAUAGACCGUGCAGAUGGCAAGGCGCCUCGGAUUGCAUUUUUCCUGGCACACAGCGUGACCCUUGUGUUUCAGCAAUCGGCCGUGCUACAAAAUAAUCUGGACCAGGCUGUGACUCAUAUUUUUGGUGCGAUGGGCCCAGACCUUUGGGACGAAAAAAUCUGGGAUGACUACUUUACCAAAAGCAUGGUAAUCGUUUGCACAGGGGAGAUUCUCAACCAAUGCCUGCUCAAUGGCUUCAUCAAGAUAAGCCAGAUCAACAUUUUGGUCUUCGAUGAAGCCCACCACGCGAAGAAAGAUCACCCUUAUGCACGCAUCAUACGGGAGUUUUAUCUUCAAGCACCCGUGUCUAAACGCCCCAGAAUCUUCGGGAUGACGGCUUCCCCUGUCGAUGGAAAGACCAGAAUGACAGAAGCAGCAGCUCAGCUCGAGGUCCUCCUCGAUAGUCGGAUAGCGACCACCGCAAAUAUGGAGGCGCUUCGCCAGAUCGUGAAACGACCCUAUGAGGAGACGUGGACCUAUUCGAAGCUGGAUCCUCCUUUUGCAACGGAACUGUACACUCGACUGCAAGGGAGCUUUGGAAAGGCAAAAUCACUUGAGCCUGUCUUCAGGUUUGCCUGGGCUGCCAGUUCAGAGCUGGGUGUAUGGUGUGCGGAUCAAGUGUGGAUCCAAGCUCUGAGAGAGGAUGUGAUACCUCAUCUCGAGCGUAACACUGGCAAACAUCCGGAGUCAGACCCUUGUGGGACUGAUCAGAUUCGGCAAGACCUCAUGAGUGCUAGAGAGGCUUGCGAGAUGGUGAAGGAUCACGAAUUUCGAAAUCCGCUUGAUGGAGGCCAGCUCAGCUCGAAAGUUCGACUCCUGAUCGCCAGAUUAGCAAUGCACUUUGAUUCAUCGGAUGAUAAAAAGUGCAUUGUCUUUACUCAGCGACGCAAUACAGCCAAGGUCUUGCUGCGCCUUUGCGAGGUAAUGAAGAUUCGAAAUGUUCGCCCCGGGAUCCUGGUCGGCGUUCGAAAGUCAGAUAUCACAGGGAAUGUUACAUUUCGUCACCACUUUGAGGUCAGGGGCCAGUUUCAAGAUGGAAAAGUCAACUGUCUGUUUGCGACAGCGGUGGCGGAAGAAGGACUUGAUAUCCCUGAUUGUAAUUUCGUCGUGAGAUUUGAUCUCUACGAUACGCUCAUUCAGUACAUUCAGAGCCGCGGACGUGCACGACAUGCCGAAUCGACAUAUGUAACCAUGGUCGAAGAUCAGAAUGAGAGUCAAAAAAGAAAGGUGCAAGAAGUGUGUGAAGCAGAAGUUCUCAUGAGAUCCUUCUGCGAGGCACUCCCCAAGGACCGGCUGCUUUGUGGCAAUGACUAUGACCUCGACCUGAAAACAGUGUUGACAAAACAAAAGGGGCAGAGAACUUACAAAAUCGAAUCCACAGGAGCAACGCUGACAUAUGGGCAUGCAAUUGACGUUCUGGCCCGCUAUGCAGCAUCACUGCAGUAUCGGGAGGAAGACUUUAAUCAGAAUCAGAAUCAAACUCAAACUGAUAUAGGCCCUUACGUGAGUUACGUGAUGCACUCCGAGGGAGAGAAGUUUAGCUGCGAGGUCACGCUUCCCGAGAAGUCCCUUGUUAGAGGUGUACUAGGCACCUCAGAAUCAAGUAAAGCCAUGGCCAAAGGGUCGGCGGCAUUUGACACUUGCCUAAUGCUCCGGAAGAGCAAUCUUUUAGAUGGCCAUUUCAGGCCGAUUUUCCAUCGACGCUUGCCUGCCAUGCGAAAUGCCAGGCUGGCAAUCGCGUCGAAGAAACAGGAAAAGUAUGACCGGCGCUGCAAGCCUUCACACUGGAGCCAUCAGAUUGGAGCCAUCCCGACAGAGCUCUACGCCAUGUUAAUCCGGUUCAAACCCCUAAAGCCGCUAACCCGAGAGCAUGCUCCCCUGAUACUCCUUACCCGUACAAAGCUCCCAAGCUUCCCUAGUUUCCCUAUCUUCCUGGAUGAUGACAUAGAGACCAGAAUCCAAACACUGUGCGCCGGGAGCCCUCUGGCUGUCAGUUCUCAGCAGCUGGAUCAAUUAACAGAUUUUACGGUCUCCGUCUUCCGUGACGUAUUUCACAAGGUCUUUGAAUCGAAGCCAGAGGUAUUUCCGUAUUGGCUAGCCCCAGCGCACUUGGACGCGGACAUCGGAAGUCCUACUGAGUUGCCAAAUACUUUGAUUGACUGGGAAGUGGUAAACUUCGUGCAAGAGCAUUGUGAGUGGAAGUGGUCAGAAGGCAUGGAUCCUAAAACUCUUCUCGAUCGGUUCAUGUAUGACCCCUGGAGUGGAAAGUUUCGCUAUUUCCCAAUCAGAAUUGUCCCCGAUUUGCGUCCAUUGGACGCUCCACCUUCAUACGUGCCACGCCGCCGAGACAUGAAUAUGCAGAACAUCAUGAACUAUUCUUCAAGCUUGAACAAAAGGUCACGGCACCUCUUCUUGCGAAAUUGCAACUGGGAUCAGCCGGUCUUGCAAGCAGAGACGGUUUGCCUCCGCAGAAAUUUCUUGGACAGAGCAAAUGAGUCGGACAGAUCUGAGAAAUCCUUGUGUGUUCUAUGCCCUGAAACGGUGAUGCUCUCUGCGAUACCGUUACCGACGGUGUCGUCAUGCUUGGCCUUUCCUGCUAUAAUCAGCAAACUGGAGUCAUAUCUGAUUGUCCUGGAAGGCUGUGAACAUAUAGGUCUUGAUCUUAAGCUCGAUUACGCCCUGGAAGCCUUUACUAAAAACUCCGACAACGCUGACAACGCUGAGGAGCAUCGCGAGGAGCAGGUACAUGUGCAACGAGGCAUGGGCAAGAACUAUGAGCGUCUGGAGUUUUUGGGCGAUACUUUUCUCAAGAUGGCCACAUCAAUUGCUCUGUACUGUGAGAGACCGGAUGACAAUGAGUACGACUAUCAUGUCUACCGAAUGUGUCUCAUCUGCAACAAGAACCUAUUCGAAGCCGCAGUUGACAUCAAGCUCUAUGAAUACAUCCGGAGUCGUGGGUUUUCUCGUCAUACAUGGUUUCCUCCAGGCCUCCGUCUGCUUCAAGGUCGUAACUUUUCAAGGAAACUUCUGGCAGAAAGCACUCACGAUCUUGCAAAAAAGACGAUUGCAGAUGUCUGUGAGGCCCUGAUUGCCGCUGCACUUCUGUCCGGGGGCAAGGAUCAUCGUUUCGAUAUGGCCGUUAGUGCUGUAACCCGCUUCGUCAGAAAUAAGACGGUCACAGUGAGCCACACAGCAACAUCCUGGGCUGACUACUACCAGUCUUACAAAAAACCAAAAUGGCAAGACAAUGCGCCCAACGGGUACGAGUUGGACCUUGCACAGCAAAUAUUCAAGAAGCUUGGCUACCAGUUCAAGUAUCCCGCAUUGCUUCGGUCUGCAUUCACACAUUCAUCUCUUCCACGUCGAAUGGCCAUUGUCCCGUGCUACCAACGUCUAGAGUUUCUAGGUGAUGCACUUCUUGACAUGGUAUGUGUCGAGCGACUGUUUCGUCGUUUCCCCGACAAGGACCCCCAGUGGCUUACGGAGCACAAGAUGGCGAUUGUGUCUAACAAGUUUUUGGGUGCUCUCGUGGUGCAUCUCGGACUCCAUCGACAUCUCCAGCAUGCCGACGGUCCUAUCCAGGGGCAAAUCACUCGCUAUGCGGAAGAAAUGCAGAAUGCAGAGGCUCAGAGCGGCGGUGGGAUGGACUACUGGCUACAUUGUACAGAUGCUCCAAAGUGCCUUCCCGAUAUGCUCGAAGCAUAUAUUGCGGCUAUCUUCGUGGACUCAGGGUUUGAUUACACCGUGGUCGAGGAGUUCUUCGACACACAUAUCCAUCCAUACUUUGUCGAUAUGUCUUUGUAUGACACAUUCGCUAACAGGCAGCCAACAACUUUCCUGAUUCACCAGCUAGCGACCGUCUACGAAUGCAAGAAUUUCUGUUUGAAAAUUGGCCAGAUCCCUCAUUCAGACUCAGAUCAGCCAGAGAUGCUCGCUGCCGUGAUGGUACACGGGCAUUGCAUAGGAGACGCAGUUGGAACCUCAAGUCGGUAUGCCAAGGUCAGAGCCAGUGAGAAGGCUAUAGAGGCUAUCAAGAUGCUGUUACCCGUCGACUUUCGCCUCAAAUAUGGCUGUGACUGUCAAUUGUCGGAUACCAAUACAGAGGAGACCAAGGUGAAGGCACAGACCCUUCUCGAUCUACAGUCUGAUCAAAAAGGGAGCAGGGUGACGGUGUCAUAA